GCCUUAUUGCUGCUCAGCCAAUAGGAAGUGUGUGUAGGAGGCGCGUCAGUGCAUAGCGUAACUCUGCAGCCCUAGGCUUGUCCUUAUUGCUGCUUGCAGGCUGCUGUUUAGCCGCACUAAUCAGAAAUCCACUACCAUGUCAUACAGCGUCGAGCAGAGGGCCAAGGCCAACAGCCUGGAGUACCGGCUUUUCUUCAAGAACUGCAAGGGCCAGUAUAUAUCACCAUUUCAUGAUAUUCCUAUGUUUGCAGAUGAAGCAAAGGCUAUAUUCAACAUGGUGGUAGAAGUACCCCGCUGGACCAAUGCCAAAAUGGAGAUUGCCACAAAGGACCCUUUGAAUCCAAUCAAGCAAGAUGUGAAGAAAGGCAAGCUUCGUUAUGUUGCAAACGUAUUCCCUCAUAAAGGUUAUAUCUGGAACUAUGGGGCCCUGCCACAGACAUGGGAAAAUCCAACUCAUAUUGAUGAGAACACAGGCUUUGGUGGGGAUAAUGACCCAAUUGAUGUCUGUGACAUUGGAAGCAAGGUGUGUGAGAGAGGAGAAGUUAUUAAGGUGAAAAUCUUGGGAACUCUGGCAUUAAUUGAUGAGGGAGAAACAGACUGGAAGAUCAUAGCCAUAAAUGCUGAUGACCCCGAGGCUUCUCUUUACAAUGACAUAGAAGAUAUCAGACGACUGAAACCCAAUUAUCUGGAAUCCACCGUUGACUGGUUCAGACGGUACAAAGUUCCCGAUGGAAAGCCAGAAAACCAGUUUGCCUUUGACGCAGAAUUUAAAAAUAAGGAUUUUGCCAUUAAUAUCAUUAAAAGUACUCAUGAGCACUGGAAGGCACUGGUGACUAAAAAAGUAGAAGGAGGAGAAAUCAAUUGCGUGAAUAUCACUGUGCAAGAUAGCCCCUUCUUCUCUAAGGCAGAAGACAUGGAAACCAUUGUUAAGGCUACACCUCCUUGUGGACCACCUAGCCCUGUCUCAGAAGAUGUGGACAAGUGGUACUAUUACCAGAAAAACUAAUUAUGGGACCAAGGUUUACAGCAAUUACUGCAUGCUUUCAUCACCGGGAUCUGCAGUACAGAGAAGACUGAAGGGAAAAGGAAAUUGGUUACUGUAUCCAAACACACGUAGCUUUAUUAGGCAUGUUUCAACCCAUUCUGGCUCCUGAAGAGCAAUCGGGAAUAAACUCAUUUGAGCGCCUGCACCAGCGCUCUCCUUUAUAAAGUCAUGCAUCACAAAUGUACUUCCAGGAUUACAGUCAUUUUUUUUUGUUAUUGCAGAAUUAAAAUGCAGAUAAUCUGCUAAAUUAUUAAACCUCUGUAGAAAUUCUUUUCAUGAAAGGAAUAAAGCUACUUUUGAGUAUAAA